AUGGAAUCCAUUCGGAAGCGUCUGGAGCACGAGUGCGAUCAUGAAUGCCGUGAGCAAGGACGCUGUCCCUUGGACGCAUAUGAUAUGCCUUCCGCCUGCCAAACUUCUGUCUGCCUUGCCUGGGGCUUGCCUGCCCGUGGCGCUUCUUCAGGGAAGCGUUUCUGCAUUGGGAAGCGCUGGGAGUGCGAGAUUGCUUGCGAGAAGAGUGCGACGACUGGCUUGUGGCAGAAUACUCGUGAUGGCCUCGUCCAGAAAAUUACCUCCCGGCUCUGUUCGACGGCCCGGCUGCCAACGUCCUGUUCUCACUCUUGGCGUCGCCUGGCGCGACCUGUCUUCUACAGGAGGGGCCCUGGCAAGAAGGCGGAUGACAGCAGCCUCCCUAAGUGCUUUGCCAUGGAUGCCCUCCUGCCACUUAGCUUCAAACAGUGCCAUCCAGGCUUGGAACAACAGUUUAGCUGCUUCUGCUUGCCAGUCUUCAUGAGGCCGGGCAUUACCAAGCGUCAGCGGCGACGUCGCUACGAAGACGUGUAUUGGACCAAUGUCCAUGUCAAUGCCAUCAAAUCCCGGACUCGGAGAUUGAAGCGCAUGGACAAGGCCGCAGACGCAAUCUUCGAUGAGUACGCAGAACUUGUUGCUCAAGAACGUCUCCAUUGCCUCUUAGAUGCAAAGAAGGUCCUUCAUGUCAGUGCUCCGGUUAGCGUCUAUGUGACGAUGUCAUGGCUCCCUUCAGGUCCGCGUGAGAAGGCGCAGCCAGCGCGUGGCAAGUUGUCUGACUUCAAGCUACCGAAAAAAGCUUCGGUCGAAAUGCCCUUCAAGGACACCUGCCUGGUGGACGCCUUCCGCUCCAUUGGUAUCAAGGUACCUUAUACGGGCCCCGGUCCAUUCUGGGCCGUGUCUGACGGAGCCAAAAUGUUGGAGCCUUUGGGGGUAGCCCCGUCGGUGCUUCCAACUGGGAAGUACGUGCUGUAUCGCCGCAAUCAUUUCCAAGGCUUCCGGGCCUUUUCUGAUGGCACUUGUCGGUUGCAAACGUCGUGCAGAUGCCACAUCGGCAUUGAUUGUGACGCCAAUAAGUUCGAUACGAGCUCAUUCGAGGCCAUCUUCCAGGUCAUCCCCCUGCGGGCUGACAGAGCGGUUGAUGCCUGCUCGCCCAUCGAUUUCCAGGGCGGAGCCCUAACGCAACCUACUUCGGAUGCAUCUAGCACUAGCACGUUGUUUGAGCAGCCAAAUUUCCUGGACAGUGAGUUUUCCAGUCCCAGAUCCUUGGUUGGCUCCAAGCCUGUCUCAGUGCCAAUCUUCAUGCUUUUCCCAGAUUUCCUGGAAAGUCGCAUUGCUGCCUUUGAAGGGCUGUGUGCUGACUACAUAGCGCUGUUGACAGCCAAGCCGGAAUUGUGGACCCGCAUCCCAUGUCCAUUCCUCCACACGUCUCAGUCAGAAUGGAACAGCUGCCUGUCAUCCACCCGCAGCUUGUUCUGUAGCAAUUUGAUAUCCGAAGUGGGCUCAGUGGAGGAAAGCCGCGUGAGCAAGAGAUUGCGCUUGUAUAUUACGCUGCUGCGCCAGAAUCGGCACCAAAUUGCCAGCGGCGGUGUCAGCUUGAAGGCCAUCCCCAACCCAUGCGACCACAAUGUCAGCAAAAGGCAGUGGGAAAGGGCUUGCAAACACUGGCGGCAAGAUGCGCGGGGCGGAUCUGAGGUGGAAAUUUUGGGGCGGGAGCAGAAUCCAAAUUGUAUCUUGCAGGACAGUGCCCUAAUUCACGCCAUUUUUCAUCGCAACGCGAUUCCAGCUGGAUGCUUGCAGGCCGCAUCUCACAUUGCCGCUAGCCAGACAGACCCAGUAGGCGCAUUGGAGAUGCUCCGGUCAGCCCCUGAUCGAAAGCUGCCAGACCAUGAAGGCCUACGGCCCAUCCAUCAUACCAUGUGCACAGAUUCCAGCCAACAGUUCGGCACGCUCCAGGUUUUGAUCUGGUUCGGUGCAGAUGUUUUGAGCCAGCAUUUCCCCGGUGAUUCUGGAUUUUCCUUGGCCCCGCCUGGGCUAUGCAUAGCUGUCUGCAUGGAUGAGUGCUGGUAUAGGCUGCCCAUGUUUGAGGUGUUGGCGCGGCACACGGAGGAACUAGUGGAUUUGUGUGGGCGUUCUGCUUUGUGGAACACUUGCAAGAUCAUGAGACAGCAAAGCUUCAUGUUCCCAUUGGCCGACGAUGUUGAAGGCGGUAGUGAAAUUGUCUCGUUCCAGAUGGCUUGCACAGGAGUGACGGUUUGUGCCUUGUUCGUAUCAGAUGACGACACCAUCCUGACCUUAAAGCAGCAGGUUGCCUUGCAUCUAGGGCACCUUCCCUUCGCUGUUGUUUUUCUGGUGGACAAUGAAGUUGUUCCAUUUGCGCAGACAUGGGCCAGAGCUGGAUCCCCGCCACUUAUGCACGUGAUUCUUAAACCCAGGACCAACUGUCACAGACUUGCCUUAUCAAAAGCCAUCCAAGCGCAAAACCACAAUACAGUGAUCGACCUCCUCAGUAAUGGCCAAGAGCCAGAUUGCAUGGGCUUGAUCGACCGCACUCGCCGCUUAGAGCCAGUAUUGGUGACUGCAGCUUCAGCCGGCUUCUUCUAUUCUGCAUUUUUGCUCCUCAAUGCAUGGGCAGACCCUAAUAUUGCUGGCAAUGACCGCCGGACUUCCUUGCAUUUUGCCGUUCUCACACAUUCGCCAAUGACUGUGCAGGUUUUGCUGGCUGGAAGGGCUGAUGUGCAUGUGAGGGAUUUGCAUGGCGAAACCGCUUUACAUUUUGCUGCCAUCAGCGAGAACGUGGCUUUCGUGAAACAGCUGAUCAUGGCAGGGGCUGACCCUUUGACUCCCAAUGAGGAAGGAGAUGUCCCGCUACUUUGGGGCCGUGAAGUGGACACUAAGGGUGCCCUUUUGGAAGGCUGUUGGCAUGACAUGUCGUAUACCAUGCUCUUUCUCUUAAACUUGCGAACCUUGUCAGCCUAUACAACUUGCAGGCCAUUGGAAAAGCUUUGCAAGUGCAUGCGCAAGCUGCUCUGUGAAUAUGUCUUGCACGAUGAAGCUGACUUCCAAGGAGGGGCCGAGUCAAACGCACCAACGGAGCGCCUUUUGCACUUGUACUUGUUUCGCAAUCCGCUCCCUGCAGAUCGGCCCCGGGUGUGGCAUCAAUUGCAAUUGUUUCAGUUAUAUGUGGAGCCUCUCCAGCCCACAUUGCAGAAAUUCCCGAGAUUGUUUUGGAUUUUGCCGGUGCCAUUUGAUGUCUCGCAAAGCAAGGAACAGUGGAAGGUGAAGCUGUUUGCUGCCUCCACGUUUUUGAAUUUGCUGCAGAAGGGCGAAGUCGUGAAGCUGGAGGGUGCCCUCAUCACCUGGUUUUGGCCAGAAAUUUUGCAGGACAUGUCCUUAUUGGACAUUCUUAGCACAAGGAACACAUCAUCCAGCGCACGUUCUAGAGCGAGGCAGCUAUCUACUGCUGUCCUCUUCUUCUCAGUGCUGGCCACACCUUUGCCGCAGACCACCCCAAAGAAAUUGAGUUCAAUGGGGACAAACAUCUGUCAUCGUUGGGUUCUUCUGCAAAGAUUUUUGCUCAGCAACAACCACCGCAAACCCAAGAGAGAGCAGCCUAGAGGAAAUCCCGUUUUGUUGCUGUCAGCAGCCCUGCGGCAGGAACUUGCACGACCCGCAAAUUUUGAGGAUAGGCAAGGUGGCGCAGAAGAUGUGAGCCAAGGUGGCACAGAAGAUGUGACCCGCCGAAUCUUGGAGAACAGGGGCGUGGCCCGUUCCCGCAAAAUGCUGAAGUUGGUGCAAUGGUCGCAUGGACUUGGAAUGGAGUUGCCGUUGCGGGGAGACAGCGUGGAUGCUAUGGUUCCCUAUCGUCACGAACAUUUUGCUCCCUGCGUAGACAUCACAACUCUGGCAUGGCUUCACCCCCAUGACAGAGACCGUCACGUUCGGUUCGAGUCUGAAGGCCACGUGUAUUACAUCCGUGGCAAGCAGACCAAUGGAUCUGUGACUGGGUUGAUCCAUGCCUUGGCACGACCAUUCGAUGCCGACGAAGUAAUUUCCAAUAUGAUGGCAGGUGACAGAUGGCCUCGCGCAGGCUAUUUGCGACCAUUCUUAGGAGAGACUGUAUUGAAGCGCGUCCGCCAAGUUGAUGCAGACCUUGUGCUUGCUCUCCUGGACUCCCCCCGCAAUGAUACAUGGAUCUCCAACCGGCUCCAGAGCCUGCGGACGAACUUUCCAGAGAUUGUCCAGAGUCUGGUAUUUGGCCCGCAUGAAAUCAAGCGCAUGUGGGAAGCCAACCGAAUUGAUGCUGCUCUUCGAGGCACCCACAUGCAUUUUUGGUUUGGAGCGCAUGUGAAUGGAUAUGUGGUGCCAAAAACAAGUCCAGAAUUCUCGAUGCUUGAAACCUUCUUACAAGACAUGCAAGGGUGGCGCGCCUUCCGCACGGAAUGGGUUAUUUUUGGUGAGGAAGAGAACAUUGCUGGGUCAAUCGAUCUCACUGCACAAAACCCAAAUGGGCAGUUGGCACUGAUUGACUGGAAGCGGACCUCCAGCCUAGCAUCGAAAUUCUCUUCGCCGUGGACGAUGCUACCGCCUUUAGAUCAUGUUCCGGACUGUGCUGGGUGGCAUUACCGGCUCCAACUGAACAUUUACAGGUAUAUUGUGGAGAAAUACUACGGCUUUGAGGUGGCUAUGAUGCUAGUGGUUUGCACCCACCCCGACCAACAAUUGCGGCCUUUCAUCGACCAUGUGCCGCGUCUCGACAAGGAGAUUGAAGUCGUGAUGAGUUUGCGGCGGGACAAAGCACAUGCUGUUGAUGUGUCUGGAGGAUCAGAUUUUGAGGAACAACUUGAGAAAGAAAUGGAUUGGCUGAAUGAGCAGGCGAAAGCCGAGGAGGCGGCUAGUAGGAGAGAUGGGAGGGGUGGGCCAGAGGGACCGGAAGAAGCACAGCAACCUGAAGGACUUGCAAGUCAAGCUCUUGAGGAUGAUGGAGCAAACCCACUGCCAGAAGUAGAUGAUGCAAAUCUGAGACAAUGCAAGAAGCGCCGCUUGCUUCCUGGAGCUGCUCAGUCCAUGCCGAAGUUUCAGAAAGAAUUUGACAGCUUGCGGGCUGCUGCAAAUACAUCUCUGCAGCAGGCGUCAAUCAAAAAGCCUGAGCAGAGCCAUUCCCUUUUGCAACAGAGCAGCUACAUGAUCAAGCAGGUGCGUGCUCGCAAGCCACAAUGGCCUGAGCAGCUUGUGCGCUUGGUGGCGUGCGCUUGCGUUUUGCCCCACAUGCGGCUCUGCGAUGCCUACCUCCGGGAACAUAUUUACUUGAUCUGGCUGAUGGAAGGUGGCCGCUACCUUCGUGUCCACAACGGACAAUGCUUUCUGUACCAUGAUUGCGGGGCUUUCCAAGUCUUUCGCGGAAGCCCGCCGGAACAAACAGUUGCCCGGAUCAAAGAGUUCAUACUUCAAGUCGAAGGGUUUUUUCGAAGCAUCCAAGGAGCAGUAGAUCGAACACAGGAGAGUAUAGUGCAAAUGGUAGAAGGCAUGGGAGGCAGAUGCGAAUGGAGAUAUAAAGGUGCUACUUGA